AUGAAUACGAAUACUACUAUUACUUCUAAUCCAGAAAACAAGGUUUCAAUUCAAACUAUGCAAAACCAUCAAGUUUUUCAAUCGAAUGAACUUAGAUUAUUCUAUCAAGCACCAAAUGAUGAUAAUUUUUAUCAUGUAACUUGUAAAACGAUUUUGCAAGAUUCUAUUUCCUGGAACGAUGAUGAUUAUGAUUACGAAUUUUUUUUUCAAAGUUAUCAUGUUACAUGUAAAUUAUUAUCACAUUCUUCAAUUUUAAAUAUAUUGAAUAAGGAAAUUUAUGGAAGGGAUUUCAAUUUAAAUGACUUCAAACAAAAAUAUUUAUUAUUAACUUCACGACAAAAGUUAAAUCUCGAAACAAGCUUAAAGCAGAUUCUCCCUUUGUACCUCUCGCAACAUCCUAUUCCUGACGAAGAGACGAGACUAGAUUACGAUAAAAGUUUAGAUUCUUCUCACGAUAAAAAUAUUGAAAAUAAUAUUAUGGUGACUCAAGGAUAUUCAACGGUUAACAGCCAAAACAAUUUCGACAAUAGCUGGCAACACAAUGAUUAUAAUUCUCAACAAGAUAAUGAAAUUUAUACUUAUGUCGAUCAUUCAUACGAUUUUCCUCAAUACCCAAAUAUCCAACAGUAAUAAUAUUUUGAUAACAUCACGUUUAUUUUUCAAUUUUCGAUUUUUCUUUUACACCUUCACUUUUCUUUUCUUUUUUUUUUUGUUUGCUUAGGAAUUUAUUUUCUUUGUAAUAAAUUUGGUUAUAUUUGAUACUGUAUCUUUUUACUUUUUAUUUGGGUUUAUUACACGUUUUAACAAGUUCAAACGUACGGUAUGAUAAUCUAUAAAAUGGGAACCAAUAACGAUUUUGGGAUUUUCAUUAUACAGCAAAGUAUAUAGUAUAUAUGAAUUUUUUUAGUAAG